AUGAAAGAAAGAACUUCUGUUGAGUGCCCACAUUUAGAUCUUUCUGUUGAAGAUGCUGAGGAAAAUUGUAGUAAAUACCUGUGGCUAUUAACAGAUCUAGAUGAAUUUCCAAUGUUUAAACCCAGUGCAUGUACGGUUGACUGUAAAGAAAAAAUGCUAAAAAUAAUUGACAUUAUCCUUUUUAAACAUUAUAAAUUCUCAAGAGAUUACUUUGAAGAUUGUAAAAUGGUUUUUGGUCAAGGAGUAGAUGGUAUGCCCCUCAGUGAAUAUAUCAUUUGUAUUGAAGAAAAUGAUUUUAAUGAAAGAACUGCUUUAUUAACAAAUCUUCAGUACAUAAAUGGAAAAAUUGUUAGAUUGUGUGAAGUGCCAAAAGAAAAUGAUGACACUAGACAAGAAGAAAUAAAUAAAACCAUAACUAUUUUUGUUUCUAUUUUAAAUAAAAUAAAAAAUUAA